CCAAAAAAAAAAAAAAAAAAAAAGUAAUGAUAUUUUUUCAUUUUCCGCAAGAAUCUUCUUCUGGCUCAUCAAGUUUUCCCCAGAAAUGGAGUCGCUUUCUUCAAAAAUUUUGGUUUCAUCAACCUGUAAUAAAUUUCCAGGAAAAUAUUACGUAACAAAUCGACGUCGUAACACAGAUUUAGGUAUUGAUUAUCAGUAUUCUCCACUCGUUGUUCAUUCCAAAAGGAACAGUUAUCAAGAUUUUCAAGAAUACGCAAAACCCUCUCGACUCCUUCGAGCUGGAGAAGUGAAACUCUGCACAGAUGGUUCUUUUGAGGAUUUAUUUGCUUCUCCUAUGUUUGGCAAAACCGAGUCCUUCUAUAAAGUCAAGCUACGGACGAGUAAACUUUACGGCUCAGGUUUCAGUGAUGUCAACUCUGGAAUUUUACUAUGUUUGAUUGACGAGAAUGGAUCCUCGAUCUUGCAAAGGUUACCCGCUUCUUCAGUUGGGUCCCAUACAUGGUUAAAAGAAAAGGUCGUAUAUGAUACUUUGCAUUUCCAAAGAGGCUCUGUCGAUGAAUUUGCUUUCGAGGGACCUGAUCUUGGGAGAAUUGUAGCUGUUUGGAUCAGCGUUGAAUCAGGUCAAUGGAGAAUAGGUGGCAUGAGUUUGACUGUGAUUUCUCCAGCAGAAAAUAACCAAGAAAGCAAGCAGCUUAGUGCUCUACAGUACAACUUCGAAUUCGAGGAUAUCUUGCUCGGUGAAAAAAGUGAGGCUUCAAUGAUAGAAUUCAGACCUCGUUCCAUUACAGCCUUUUCCAAAGAGGAUGAUGAAUCCUUUGACGAAACAAAUUCACUCGGCAGUUACAUCACUUCGAACGAAGAAAGCAUGAAGGAAUAUUCGUACCUAAAGUUCUCGUUGCUAUUUUACGAUGCUUUGCUUAUCUUGGCUGGAUCCUCCGUUUCGUCUUUUUCUGCAGGGGAAAAAGCUCUUUAUCCGUUCUUGACAGGUGGAUUGUGUGGAUUCUUGUAUCUAUUACUGUUGCAAAGAUCGGUUGACGGAAUAUCCACACCGGAGCUUGUUCCGAGCGAGAUAGAAGGAGAUUUUGGUCAAAGUCUUGGAAGAUUAAAAGGCCCUAUUAUAAGUCUUGUAUUGGGAUUCGCAUUUGCCAUUGCUAUACUGAAAUAUGCCUCAGGAGACGAUGCUGUUAAGUUGACAUCCAAAGAUCUUGUAUUUGGGAUGAUGGGAUUUCUUAUGUGUAAAGUUUCUGUCGUAUUAGCUGCAUUUAAACCGAUGCCGAUUAGUUUUGGAGACGACAAAUAGAGUUUAUAAUUGUUCUUUUUCUGUAAAUUUGUCUAUAUAUAUUGUAUAUCAUUAUGUAUUACAUUAGUAUAAAGGUUGGUACAGACUACAUACAACGUUAGAAAAGUUUAACAUGUUUCUGUGACUCG